AUGUCACUUCUCAGGACCGCCUCAAGGGCAACACAGCCCGCCCGCAACCUCACCAUCCUCCGCGCCUUCAACUCCUACUCUCUCACCUUCACCUCCCCUUCCAACACCUCAAACUCUACAGUCGCCGCCUCCCCAGCAACAGCAUCAGCAGCUCUUGGCGAUGUCCAGACCUCGGUCCUCGGCCGUCUCGGCUCCUACAUCUCUGACCUCUUGCCGUCGAUUGUUUGGGCUUCAGUUCCUAAAAGCAAAACUUCUCAUUCUAAGAAGCGCAUGCGUCAGGCUACCAAGGGUCUCAAGGAGCAGCGCAAUAUCGUCGAGUGCCCCGGAUGUGGCCAGGCCAAGUUGAUGCACCACCUCUGCCAACACUGUUAUCGGGACAUGAAGGGACGCGGCCCUUCAUCAAACGCCGAGGCAUAA